AUGAAGCUGCUUCUGCUCGCUUCGCUUUUCCUGGCGGCGCAGGCUGCUAUUAUAACGCACCCACAUGCGACCGUCCUGCACGAAAAGCGCGACCUCCUCCCAUCGGGAUGGGCGCACGCUCGCAGACACGACCCUUCCGCGACCAUCCCUCUGAAAUUCGCGCUUACUCAGUCGAAUAUGCACCGUCUAGAAGAGUUUUUGAACGAAGUGUCCCACCCCAAGUCACCCCAGUACGGUAACCACUGGACUGCAGGAAAGAUUGCGGAGACAUUCGCACCGAGUGAAGAGACCGUCUCGACCGUGCAUAACUGGCUUGUAGGGAGUGGGAUCCCUGCUGAGCGGAUCAAGAUCUCUUCGACAAAGGGUUGGAUCAACGUCGACGCGUCUGUCGCAGAGGCAAACGAUCUGUUGCGCACCGAAUACAACGUUUACGUCCACGAAAGUGGCAAGUCACACGUUGGGUGCAAUGAGUACCACCUACCCGCACACGUUGCGCCGCAUGUCGAGCUUGUCCUGCCUUCCGUCCACUUCGAUGCGCGUGUAGAAAAGCGCGGUCCAUCUACCGCCCCUGUCACUAUCAGCAACCUUGGACAACCAGGCUUCGGGAUAACACCCAAGACCACCGGCAAGGUCCCCACCGAAGUCCUCAAGUUCCAUAAUGCGAAGCAGGAUGCCGCUGCAGCCGCCGAUUACUGCUGGCUAAUUUUGACUCCAGAUUGUCUCCGGACGCUGUAUGGCUUGAAUUAUACUACUCAAGCAGCUGCCAAGAACAGCUUCGGUGUUGUCGAAUAUACCCCUCAGGCGUUCCUCCAAUCUGAUAUUGAUAUGUUCCACUUUAAUUAUUCGCGAGAAAUAAUGGGCAAGACGCCUAAUGUUAUAUCCAUCGACGGAGGCAAGUCCACUCUCACCACCCAGCGCAGUGUCCUACAAACGCAGGUCCAGAACUUUGCGUACAACGGCGAGUCGGAUCUUGACUUAGAAUACGCGAUGAACCUUGUCGGCGUCCAACAAAACAUUACCCUCUAUCAGGUUGGAGACUUAGUACAAGGCGCCUCAUUUAACAAUUUCCUUGAUGCCAUCGACGGGUCAUACUGUACGUUCGAAGGGGGCGACGAUAUCUAUCAAGACCCCCAUUACCCCAACACUCAGACCGGCGGAUGGAAAGGCGCCGCCGAAUGCGGUACCGUCAAACCCACAAACGUCAUCUCCACCUCGUACGGCUACAAUGAAGCAGACCUCAAUCCCACUUAUACCGCGCGUCAAUGCGCUGAAUACGCGAAACUGGGACUUAUGGGUAUCACUAUGCUCUUCUCGUCCGGAGACAGUGGUGUUGGAGGGAACAACGGUGUAUGUAUGUCUGAAUUCGGUUUCCCUGACGCCUAUGGGCCAGUUUUCAACCCAGGAUUCCCGGCGAGCUGCCCCUUCGUCACUGUUGUCGGUGCGACGCAGAUCAACAAGAACGCGCCAGUGACUGCCCCCGAAGCAGCCAUUGACCAAGUGAUCUUCAGCGGAGGGGGCUUCAGCAAUCACUUUGCUAUGCCCGACUACCAGAAGGAUCAUGUCAACAACUACCUUACGAAUUUCCCACCAAGUCAUCCUGACGAUAUCUGGAACUCUACAGGGGUCGCUCGUGCAUUCCCUGAUAUCGCUGCCAAUGGUGCGAACUUUGUCGCAGCAGUUAAUGGCCAAUUCAUCCUCGUGUACGGAACCUCUGCAUCGACGCCUGUCAUCGGAGCUCUCAUCACUCUGAUCAACGACGCACGGCUUGCUGCCGGGAAGAAGACCGUUGGAUUCAUCAACCCUACCAUCUACUCCCCUGAUUUCUCAGACGCGUUCAACGAUAUCGUGGCUGGGAACAACUCGGGCUGCGGCUCGUCGGGCUUCAACGCUACAUCAGGAUGGGACCCAGUUACUGGCUUGGGCACGCCCAGGUUCGGAAAGUUGUUGGAGAAGUGGUUGAGCUUGCCUUGA